AUGUUGACCUAAAUCCAAUGAUUUGCAUAACACUCCUGAAAGGAGGGAAGGCUUAUAAAAAGCAGGGACACACUGACGACCCAAGGCACAUCAUUUUUUUUCUUCUAGGAGACAGAAAAGAGUGACAAAAAGCCAAGAUGAGACUGUAUCUUGCAGCUGCUGUCCUGUUGCUGGCUUUUGUUGCAUACACAGAGGCUCAGGAUGACUCAAUCCAAGAUAGGUUAUCCACAUUCAGGGAUCAGGUCACUGAGUUCGGCAAGACUGUGGCUGAAAAGGCAAAGACCCAUUUUGACACCAUGAGAACCAGUGAAUUUGCAGAGUCCACCAAGAACUGGUUCACAGAGCGGUUUCAGCAGAUUAAGCAGAAGAUAGAUGAAAUCUCUCAAUGAGCUGAUGAACCAGUCGAAGACCUCUGCCCUCAACGGCCACACUGCCAUGGCAGCUGACCUGCUGCAACAUCUAAAGGCUGAAGUCACAUUGCUCAACAAAAUGGACAAAACUAACCUCUAUUGUCAUAUUUUUGCCUAUUAUCAUUUAUGGAAAAACUGUGUAAAAGUGCAAUAAAACACAUGAAAUAAAACCAAAUCUUUUAA